AUGUAUUUACAUGUUAUCGUCACUGAUAACGGCCUCAACAUUGUGAAAGCCGUAAAUGACAGUUGUUUUGAAGGAAAAACGUGCUUCAUUCAUACUUUGCAACGAGCAAUUCAUGGUGGUUUAGACGCGCAGGAAAGAAUUAAUGAAGCAAUAGCGGCAGGGCGUCGUAUAGUGACUCAUUUUAAUCACUCACAACCGUCUCAAGAAAAAUUGCAGCUGAUACAGACUGAGCUCAAUGUACCCAAGCACAAAAUUAUUCAAGACGUCAGCACCCGCUGUAAAGCACCUUAUAUAUGGUUAAAAGGUUACUGGAGCAAAAGAGAGCGAUUUCGUUGUACAUCUCUGACAACAGUAACACAAUAA